GGUCUUUUAAAUCCGAGUUUGAUAAAAAAAAAGUGUAAAAUUACACCUGAAAAUUUUUUAUUUUACCACCAGUUGAGUCGAAAAUGUUUAUUGAUAAAGAAGCAAUUUAUAAAUCUUUAGAAUGGCAUUCGAGUCCAGUGGAUUGGUGUGAGCCAAACUAUGCUGUGGUUCCAUAUAUUGUCGAAUAUUAUAAUACGCUGAGCAACUUCGCGUUCCUGAUUUUCCCGCCAUUAAUGAUUUACUUAUACCGUGGAUAUGCAAAUAAAAUAAGUUCAGGAAUUCAUAUCGUUUGGAUUUUCUAUAUGAUUGUUGGAGUGUCUUCAAUGUACUUCCAUGGAACGUUAUCAUUAAUGGGACAGUUACUUGAUGAAAUAUCAAUUUUAUGGGUCUACGCGAUUGGUGUUUCUCUGUACUGCCCAAGAUCAUAUAUGCCACCAUUUGCCAGCACACGUGCAUCAUUUUCAGUUUUUAUAUUCAUUUUGAAUGCAAUUUUCUCAAUUUUAUCAGUUUGGCGACCUUACAUCAAUGCAUUUGUUCAAAUGUUUCUUUGUGUUAUACCGUUGAUGACUUAUUUGUAUCUCGAAUUGAAAAAGAUCAAAAAAAGUGACAAUGAAGUUUACAAACUAGGAAUUAGAUCAAUGCUUGUUGGGCUCACAGCAAUAACAAUUUGGUUCAACGACCGAAUCUUUUGUGGAUUUUACACAUCGUUCGGCAUCACAUACCUUCAUGCAGUGUGGCAUAUCCUAAGCUAUAUAGCAUCAUAUACAGCUUUGGUUGUUUGUUCCUACUUGUAUGUCAAAUUUGAACAGCCAAAGUUUGUUUGUAAAAUUACUUACUGGCCACAUAAAGAUUUGAGGAUCUUUGGAAUUCCGUAUGUUGAAAUUGUUGAAAAAAGUGGAAAAAGACGAAUUUAAAAAAAUAAACUUAAAAAUGUUAAGAUAAUUUUUCUAGAAAAACGAUUUAUUUCAUAAAAUGACUUUAAGGUUUAAAGGUACA